ACAUUGGGCGCUCAGCCAGCAUCGGCUUGGUAUCAGCUAUUCUCUGAGCAUCACCGGCAGCAAUGGAGGAUCACUUCGAUCGGAAGAUCUCAAAGGAGGAGGAGGCGGCGGCGGUGAAGCCGACGAGGAGCUUCCGGUACGAGGACUACAACACCAGGAGGGUCUUCCUGCGCAGCUACCCGCUCCAGUGGGACUGGUCGCCCGCGCCGGACGAGAAGCAGGGGCCGGGCGACGCCAGCGCGGAGGCCACCAAGAGCAGGGCGUACGAUGGCGGCGACGACGACUGUGACAGAGGAGACAAGCGCUGCGGCAAAGGGUGGAAGAGGCAGGUGAUGGUGGCCGUGGUGGAGUGGGGGGAAGGGAAGCUGCUGCUGCUCAGGAGGGCCAAGAAACGGCUCGCGCUGUACUUGCUCGGCUGCCACUACGGCCUCCCGCCGCUGCCGUUCAGGUCCGGCAGCUCCUGCACCGCCGCCAUGCUCACCUCCAGAUGAUCUAUGCCAUCGCAUGGCUCGGUGGUUCGACUCAUGCUCCUUGCCUACACGGUUCAGCGUCAAGUCAACGAUCGAUCUACGUGUGUCCGAGCCUCUCUCUGCUGUUCUUCUCUGUUUUCACUUUUCCGAAUGGGACGUACUCACGCUAGCAAAAAAGUGGAGCAGCAGCAAUGAACUAUACGUGUUAUAUACCACAGGUGAACAUAAUUUGUAGCAGUGUUUAGUAUGUGUUCAUGUAUAUUGUUCAGUAAGAUCAUUGCUAUAAGAAAGUUACGUUUGGAAAACAGUACAAGGUAAAAUAUCAAGGAAAUUUUGGGGAUAGAUUGGUAGGAGAAAAGGCAUCUUAGUAAGUGAAGAACAGUGAAGGAGGCAUCUAUGUGUUAUGUAAUAAAAGUACUAGACUACUUAAA